GUCUCAGGAUCAGGGUUGCACUCCCACUACCAGGCCGCCCGAGAGUAGGUGUCGAAGCCUUGCUCGCCAGCUCGGUGCUCACCGCUGAGCUCCUUUACUGCUCGUGAAGCCGACAGAAGUAGUGCGGCUUGCGAUGUGGCGGCCUGCUUUACUCACCAUCGCCUCCCUGGCCUCGGUCUCCGUGGCCUUUCCUGGUUCGAACUCCUUCCGUGCAUUUGGUCCCCAGGGAAUCAAUCUAUGGAAAUUGAAGGCAGCAAGGGAACAGCGCACUCAAGACAUACUUACGGCGCAAUAUGCGGAUUCUCAGUCGUCUGGACAACACCCUCUAUCUGCACCGAACCCAGGGGCCGAGUUCCCUGAGCACUACUUCACUCAGCCUCUCGAUCACUUCUCGAACGGCUCUCAUACCUUUGGUCAGCGUUACUGGAUCAACACCCGACACUACCAACCAAGCGAGGACGCCCCUGUGAUUGUGCUUGAUGGUGGAGAGACGUCUGGAGAGAACAGGAUACCAUUCUUGGAUACUGGUAUCGUUGAGAUCCUUGCGAAAGCCACCGGGGGCGUAGGCGUCGUAUUGGAACACCGCUACUAUGGCAGAUCUGUGCCUGUGGAGAACUUUACGACUGACUCUCUGAGAUGGCUUAACAACGAACAAUCCGCGGCCGAUUCUGCUCACUUCAUGGCCAAUGUGAAGUUCCCCGGGAUUGAUGAAGACCUGACUGCCCCUAAUCAUCCCUGGAUUUACUACGGGGGUUCUUAUGCUGGUGCGCGCGCGGCGCACAUGAAGAUUCUCUACCCGGACCUAGUAUACGGCGCAAUUGCCUCCAGUGGCGUUACGCAUGCGGACAUUGAGAAUUGGCGGUACAUGGACAUCAUCCGGCGCGCCGCCGACCCAGAGUGCUCCGCCAACCUCGUACACUCCGUCGAGUUCAUCGACACCGUCCUUUCCGUCCCGCAUCUCCGCAUUGCGUUGAAGCAGCUGUUUGGUCUAAAGGACCUGGAGUAUGACGAGGAUUUCGUCUCACUGUUAUCGAGUCCAAUGGGCUACUGGCAGGCUAAGGUGUGGGACCCCGCAGUUGGAAGCACUGGUUUCGAGGAAUUCUGCGCGGCUCUCGAAAAGCCAUUCGGAGGCGCCGAUUUCGUGGAAGGCGAGGUCAUUGGAUACAAUAUCCAGUCCCAAAUGAUUGUUCUACCGGGUGGGCUGAACGUGCCGAAGGUGGUCUAUAACUAUGCGCAAUACAUCAAGGAGAAUUUCGUAUCUCAGUGUCCUGAGGGCACAUCGGUCGAGGAGUGCUUCGGUACCUACGACGACUCCGCCUACCAAGACACGUCGCUCAGCGCGACAUGGAGACUCUGGCAAUUCCAGAUCUGCACCCAGUGGGGCUACUUCUUCAACGCUCCUCCGCCUGAAAUCCCGAGCAUCGUCUCGCGUCGCCUCACUGUAGACUACGAUGCGAAGACCUGCAAGCAGGCAUUCCCGCCAGGGAAGCACUUCAUCGUCCCCCCUAUGCCGAAUGUCACGGCUGUGAAUAUCCUCGGCGAUUACUACAUUGCCGCGGAUAGACUGGCGAUCAUUGACGGCGAAGUUGACCCAUGGAGGCCUGACACUCCCCAUGCCGACGAAGCUCCUCUGCGCGCUGAUACUAUCUUGCGCCCUUUCAAGGUCAUCCCUGGAGGCGUUCACCACUACGAUGAGUACGGCUUGCGCGACCUCUGGGAGGAGCCACCAGAGAUCGAGAAUAUCCAUCUGGAGAUGAUCGAGUUUGUGGAGGAGUGGCUGUUGGACUGGCAGUCUCCGAAAUGGAAGGAUUGAUGUUGUCUGUGUAUUCCUUAUAUUUUCACUACUUUUGAGGAACCACAGACGAUGUGUAGCCCGAGCGAAUUGCAGCGGGCAUCCGAAUGUGUGCGACAAGGUUCCGCGUGGUGAAUGUAGAGGCCCCGUGGGAUCAUGAUAUCAUGCGACUGGUUCCUAGUCUAGGUGUAUAACACAAGACCAAUUUCCUUCUGCUUACUUUUGUCAUUUGCCA